UGUCAGUACGAAAUUUGUCAUCACAAAAUUCAAAAUUCGAAUAAAAAUAUUUCAUAAUGUUUUUCUCUUUGUCCGCGCUAAUAAUAAAUAACUCCGAAAUCGAGGCGAAUCUUUUUGGUAUGGCCGAUGAUGUCUACAGCACUAUCGAAAUAUUCAAGGAGGCGGUCAAAUUCGAGGCUAGGAUCGCUAGACCUUAUAAAAUGGUGGAGAACAUCAUAGACUGUUUAGUGUUCAUGGUGGUGGCUCUAAUGAUCGUGGCUUUUACCAUGCACGAUCGAAUUGUAGCAUUGAGAAAAUGUUCCAGGAUCAGUAAAAUAGUUAGCCAAAGGGCUCUUGGGAAGGAAAAGAAGAGGCGUCAUCAAAAUAAAGAUUCCAAUACUUCUCUUCUCAAAAAUAAUAAUGGGAAUGCUGUGGAGCCAGAAGAGGACGAGAGCAUUGGAAAUCCUGAAAUUCUAGCAAAUGAUGACGACACAAUUACGCUUCAACCCUUGGAUAAUUUACAGAAUCAGAAGAGCGCCAUGGUCGGAACUCCCAAAUGGGCCGAAAACUGGCUGUCCACCAUUCGCAAUAAAGCAAUCGGAUCGAUUUUCGAUGGCUUGUUCCGGUAGAACAAAUGACACGUCACACACUAUGAAUACGUGACCCAAAGAUCUUUGAGGUUUUGCGGUUAGCGAUUUGUGUCGGGUAUUGACCGUAGUAUUGAUGUACCACAAAUUGCCUUAAUAUAACCAUAUAAUAUCAUGAUCAUGAGUCAUUAAAGUGUAAAUGCAAUUUACUUAAGUUGCAAUAAAAAAGCUUAAGAAAGCCUUUACCUUUUGCUAA